AUGAGUGGGAGGGUCCCAACCUUGCCAACAACUACAUUGACCUCCUAUAGAGGGCAUGUUAAAGGUUGUAAGGGUUUAAGAAAAAUGUCGCUUAAUCCAUUGUCAGUAAUACUUAACAAAAAUCAACUUGUGGGAGAAAACUACGUUGACUGGAAAAGGAAUCUUAAUAUUGUUCUUACCCCUGAAAAACACAAAUUUGUGCUGGAUGAAGUUUGUCUCGAAACCCCUAAAGAUGACUCUAUGGAAUCUCAAAAGGCUGCACAUGAAAAGUGGCAUCAUUCUAAUGAGAUGGCUCAUUGUUACAUUUCAGCAUCUAUGUCAAAUGUAUUACAACAGAAACAUCAGAAUACAAGAACUACUUUUGACAUAAUGGAAAGUCUUCAAGAGAUGUUUGGACAUCAAAGCUGA